CGCGUCUGUGAGACUCGGCUCGCACAUAACUUCCGUAUCAUCUAGGUCACUGUCAGCUGAUGCGGUGUCGAUUUCGCGUCGAUCAUGUUCACCUUGGCGGUUUCAUUCUCCGUCGUGCUGUCAGUGUUGAGUGACAGUUAUGUAAUCGACAACACUGGAGGACUGGGGAGGCAGUUCGAUGGAUUUGGGGCUAUCAGCGGUGGAGGGGCAACUUCCAAGUUAUUGGUAAACUACCCCGAGAAACUGCGAAAUGAUAUUCUGGAUUUGCUGUUCAAGCCUAAUUACGGAGCCUCCUUAGAUAUACUGAAAGUGGAAAUCGGGUCCGAUGCUCAGAGUUCAGACGGGACGGAGGCAACCCACAUGCGGACAGCCAAGGAUGAGAACUACACCAGGGGAUAUGAAUGGUGGUUGAUGAAAGAGGCCAAACAGAGGAACCCGUCCAUCAAGUUGUACGGUCUGCCCUGGGGGUGGCCUGGCUGGGUGGGGUGGAACCUGUACGACACCCCGGACCAGACCGCCACGUACAUCGUCAACUGGGUUCUGGGAGCUAACACUACCCACGGGCUACAUAUAGACUAUGUGGGGAUUUGGAAUGAGAGAAUGUAUAACGUCACCUACAUAAAGACGUUGAGGAAGACACUAGACAGACACGGUCUAGUAGACACUCAUAUCAUUGCGCCAGACAAUUUCCACUGGGAUAUAGCCGAGGACAUCCUUGCUGACUCGGAACUUGCACAGGCGGUGUAUGCUAUAGGCUCGCAUUACCCCAAGACAACCAGCACACCGACGGCAGUGAAGACAGGCAAGCGUCUCUGGGCAUCGGAGGAUCAGACAUUAGUGAACUGGAACAGGAACUAUGUCCAUGGGAACAUGACAGGUACAAUUGCAUGGCCAUUGAUCGCCAGCUACUAUCAAGGACUACCUUACUACCCCGAUGGGCUAAUGACAGCAUCCGAACCAUGGAGCGGGUACUACCCAAAACCUAAAACAAUAUGGGUUGCAGCUCAUACAACUCAGUUUGCACAGCCCGGAUGGACGUACCUUCGUCAUGGUGCGGGAGUUGGAACUUUCAAAUAUGGCGGCACAUACGUCACGCUCGUCAGUCCAGAAGGAAAUGACGUCACUAUCAUAAUUGAAACUAUGAUGGACGACCAAGACGCCGGUCUACCCCAGAAUGUUACGUUCCAACUCAAGGGAACCUUAGCAAGUAAAUCGCAGUUUAAUGUUUGGUACACCAACACGCAGACAGACGAAUACUUCAUUAAGAAACCACUUAUGCAGACGGUGGAUGGACAGCUGAAUCUGGCCCUUGGCGUGAAUGAAAUGUACACACUGACUACUUUGACCUCUGGAAACAAGGGAGCGUACACCCAGCCACCACCUUCCAAGCCUUUCCCACUUCCAUAUAUGGAGGAUUUCGAAAGUUACGAAGUUGGCGAAGAACCAUUUCUCUUCUCCCAGCAAAUAGGAGCGUUCGAGGUUGUGAAAGCUGACGCUGACCAUGGGAACGUCAUGAGACAGGAAACCACACAACGACCGGUCAGCUGGUGCACAGCUGACUGGACAGACAGGCCGGUCACUAUCAUUGGGGAUAUUACGUGGACGGAUAUCUACCUGGAGGUUGACUUCCGCGUUCCGGCGGUCUCCGGGGUUCCAGACGGAGUCUUCAUAGCAUCCCGUCUCUCCGCGGGCGGUUGUGACACCACACUCGCAUUUGGAGCGAUAGUCUACCUCGACGUCAAACAUCAAACAUUUCACCUGGCUGCCAACUUUCUUUUCAGUCAGGUCAUAACCGAGGGCAACUUCACAUAUGCUGCGGGAUGGAACACUGCCUCGCUCCUCGUGAAGGGUCUAGCGGCUACCGUCACUGUUAACGGAAAACCUUUAUUCCGUGAUGUAUCAAUUCCAUCUGGAAUAAGAGCUGGGUUUGUUGGUUUGGGGACAAGAGGAUAUGGACAGGCCGAUUUCGACAACGUGAAGAUAACAUCGGCAAAAGACGGACUUCAUCGAAUGGAAAAGAUGAAAUCUAGAUUUAACUCUUUGCUUCCUUGAUGAAACAUAACGAUGAAAUCUAGAUGAAUGUUGAUUAUCCAUUUUUAAGUAUUUUUGUAAUAUAUCUGUGUGAUUAAUAUUAUGUAUUUUUGUAUCUAAGUUCAUUAAGAUCAUUAAUAAAUGUAUUGGUUUCCAUAUGUUAGAUCGGAAUAAAGCAGUGAUGACACAA